AUGAGCGACUUUCCACCCCCGGGGACUACGAUCAAGACAAGAGGCUUCAGAGAAGUAUGCGAAGUCGACGGCCGCACAUACUUCAGAAAGAAAGGAGUACAGGAAUGGACCGAGGACACGAGGUUGUCGAACCCAGAAGAACUGAAGCCACCCGAAGAGAACCCCAAGCUAUAUCUCUACCUUGUCGAAGGCGAACAAGAGCCCGGAGAACCCCAACAAUGGGCGCUUUUCCUUGCCGACGAGAACGAGCCCGAAUACGGAUACGUCUACCAAGUCACGGGGGAUGCGGAGCACAUCAGAUACGAGCCUUCGGCUGAGAAGAUGAAUAUCGUUGAUGCGGGCAUCAUGUCCCAUGUAUAUACACUGGCUGUUGUGUCGGAGGGGCAGGCUAGGGCGGCGCAGGUGGUCAAGCAGGCUGCGGAGGAAGAGCCCCCGCCACGGGCGGAGAAGAGGAAGUCCGUUACGGAGAAUUGUCAGGGAUGGCUGCUGCGUGUUAUUGCUAGGCUGGUUAAGGAGAAGAUUGUCAUGCCUCAGAAACUGGAAUUGGCAAGGUCUUUGAUGCAGGUGGCCUAG